CUCUCCCGCUGCCGCUGCGUCUUUACGCGCGGAGCUUCCCGUUGCGCGCCCGGCAGCGCGGACGCCCCUGUCCCGUUCACUCACCGCCGGAGCCUCCUCUGUGGAUAUUCCCGCUCCGCGCAGGAAGAGCGCACCCCGGCGAUGGACGACGAGUUCCUCUCCAACUUACCCCCGGCCCUGCCCGGAGACUCCGAGGCUCUGAGCCCCAACUCCACCGAGGAUCCCGGCUGGUGGGAGUCCUCGGACGGCGGGGAGACGGUCCACUUCGUCGUGCGCUGCGUCAUGACCUCGGUCUACAUCCUGAUCAUCACAGUGGGUCUGCUGGGCAACAUCACCCUGGUGAAGAUCUUCAUCACCAACAGCGCCAUGCGGAGCGUGCCCAACAUCUUUAUCUCCAGCCUGGCGGCGGGAGACCUGCUGCUGCUGGUCACCUGCGUGCCGGUGGACGCCUUCCGCUACUUCUCCGAGGAGUGGGUGUUCGGGGAGGCGGCGUGCAAACUCAUCCCCGUCAUCCAGCUCACCUCGGUCGGCGUGUCCGUGUUCACGCUCACGGCGCUCAGCGCGGACAGGUAUAAGGCGAUAGUGAACCCGAUGGACAUCCAGACUUCCAGUGCUGUCUUCUGGACAUGUCUGAAGGCUGUUUCUAUCUGGCUGCUGUCCGUCCUUCUGGCUGUUCCUGAGGCCAUUUUCUCACAAGUUGUCUCCAUGCAGGGUCACAGGGACAACACUAACGUCACCUUUGUGAACUGUGUGCCCUACCCGCUGUCCAAUCAGAUGCAUCCUAAGAUUCACUCGGUGAUGAUCUUCUUGGUUUACUUCCUGAUCCCUCUGGCCAUCAUCUCGGUGUAUUACUACCACAUCGCCCGCACGCUUAUCAAGAGCGCCCACGACAUGCCGGGGGAAGUCAGCGAACACACAAAGAGACAGAUGGAGACGAGGAAGCGUCUGGCCAAGAUCGUGUUGGUGUUCGUGGGCCUGUUCGCCCUGUGCUGGUUCCCCAACCACGUGCUCUACAUGUACCGCUCCUUCCACUACCACCAGAUGGAUCUGUCCCUGGCUCACCUCGUCGUCACCCUGCUGGCCAGAGUCCUCAGCUUCUCCUCAUCCUGCGUCAACCCAUUCGCCCUCUACCUGCUCAGUGAGAGCUUCCGCAGGCACUUCAACAGUCAGCUGCGAUGUGGUCGAGGUCCCCGCCCCGAGCGCCAAGCCAGCUACCUGCAUAGCACCUCCCACAUCCGCCUCACCUCCAUCAAGAAAACCACGCCCACUGCCGCCAUCAUCGCUCCAGCCGCCAACGGUAACUCCAACAGAACAGAAGUGGCUCUGUGAAGUGGGAGGCUGUCCCACUUCUGCAAACACAGGACUGACAGGCAGCUAUGAGAUCAGGAGAAAUGUUUUGGUGCAAAGUGUAGACUGUGUGGAUGGGUAGAGGAAACUCUACAGGCCUUGUACCGGUUGAAUGAUUGUACCAGUUGCUCCUGUCAUACUUCAUCAUCUACAUCUUCAACUUGGCAAGCAAACAAAAAGUGCCUCUUUGAAAUACAAGUUCAGACAUCAAACGGAACAGCAAAAACCCCAAACUGGUUGGUGGUUACCACACUAGUAUGUCUGCUGUGAAAGCUUGUUUCUCUGUGCUAAGUUGCUGGAAUGCUCUUCAUCUAUUUGGUGACACUGUAUUGAUCCAGAAAGGGGGGGAUUUUGUCUUUUUGUCUGCUGCCUCUUGAUGAGGAGGGCCAGACACAGAGCAACAUCCCGACAUGAGCGAGUCGACCUCUUAUCCAAGGACAUUUCGGAGAAUGCUUGGGACCAUUGAAGGAUUGAACAUUUGACUCUCCAGUUAUGGGAUGGUAUCUCUCUGAACUCCUGCUUUGACUAUUUUGGGGAUUAAUAGAAUGCAUUUGUAGCAGUUAAAAACUACCCGAAGCCUUGUAAACCAAAAUAUCUCCCUGUUUGGAGGAAAAUCUCUUUGGUAAAUGUUUGGUUUGUGGCUCUGUUACUCUCUGUGUCCACCAGGUACAACUCUGUUUGAUAGCUAAUGACACUAAACAGAUUCCUGUGGAAGGUACUUCUGUACCUUCAGUUUCUGUUGUUCAUGAUGUCACCUCAAUGGGAGCAUGUACAGUGCUCUUCUGCUAAACGGAAAAAAAUAUUUUUAACUUUAGUGCAGUUGUGUGAAAUGAUGUGCCAUAAUCCAGGAAGCAUAGCAACCUAGACUGGGUGAGUUUGCCCAUCCAGUGUACAUGUGGUUUGUAGACUUGCAGGAUGCCGGGGCCUUCUUGUCACAAGAGUUGUGUAUUUUUGGCACAAAGUCAAGCACAUUGUCAGUGGGUGUUUGGCUCCACCAGGGUUGUGCCUUGUCACUGAUUCUGUUUGUGAUUUUCAUGGGUAGUGUCCAGUAUGGUGGCCUCAGGAUUGUAUCUCUGCUUUUUGCAGACAGUGUAGUUCUGAUGGCUUCAUCGAACAGGUUGCAGCUGAUCAGAGUCAUCCCCACGAAGUCUAAGGCCAUGGUACCAAAAUGGGGGAUUGCUCUGUCUGGGUUGGGAGUUUUUGCCUCAAGUGAAGAAGUAUCUCGGGGUCUUGUUUACAAGAGAGGGUACAACGUGAGUUUAACAGGCAGUUUAGUGUGGCGUCCGCAGGAAUGACGGUGCUGUAAUCGAAGCUCUCGAUUUACCCUGCAAUCUACAUUCUGACCCUCAGCUCUGGACAUGAGUUUCCUUCACAGGGUGGCCAAGUAAAGACUGGUCCCAAGUGAAGGCUGGGUAAAAGAUUGAUACAUCUACUAAACUGGCUCAUAUGGUAAAUUCAACAUUCAUCAGUCUGCUUCUCUGAGUUUUUAUUUCUAGCAAAAACCUAUUCUUACUCACAAAUUCAUUAGUUAUGAGGGGGGAAGGGAUCAUGUUUCCAAAGCCACUUGAGGGCUUUUAAUGUGAAAGAAAUGGAUGAAGUCUUGACUUUAAUAUCAACAACAAACAGAACCAACAGCAAAUUAAGGUAACACUUUAUUUUGAAUUUCCUAAUAAUUUCUUAAAUAUUUCUCAUUGUAAUUUGGCACAAAUUUCAGGGAAUAUAUCAAUUUCCUUCAUGAUAAAAACAGUCAUUCAUUAUGCAAUUAUUAUUGGAGACUUAAUUCUGUAGACAAAUGUUACAUUUGUGCAUGUCCUUCUGAUCUGCUGUGCACUGAACUUAAAGACUACUACUUGUAGUACAUUAUUAAGAAAUUACGGACCUUAAAAUAAAGUGUUACCUAUUUUUACACUACAUAAGAGAGAAACAUUUUACUAAAAUAUGAUUAAAGAUAUUCAUCAAAAGUGGGAAAUGAAGACCUUCUUCAAUUUUAGCCACAUUUUCCCCAGUUAACCCUCCGAUUCCAAUAAUCUAAAUUUGCUUUCAACCAGCAACAACAUCAACAAGAUGGCCAACACUGUCUAGCAUCUGGUGUGCCAAAGCCCCCUCCAAGCUCUGUACACAUGCAACAGUUUUUGUCCUUUAAAAAAAGUCACUAAGGAAUCUGACAUCGCAAAGAAAGGUUCCUGGUGGAUGCACAGACUAACAGACCUGUGUAUACGAUUAAUGUCAGUGCUUUGUGUUGAACUCACAGUGAUGAAGUAUCUGUGCACAGAUCGAUGUGCCGUUUAUUCAAAACAACUUACAGAAGAUGAUUAUGUGAUGUACAUUUGAUUACAUUUUGAUGUUGUUUUUUUGCUUCUUUAAAAUGUUUGAUGUGUUUUUCAGUGCCAGGCAUGCUUCACAUUUCUGUGUUUGAAAAUUAUGCUUGAAUAUCAUAAACAUACGUAAUAAAUGUUCCUAUGUGAGCGUUCAAACACAGACCAAGUCCCAGACUGCAACAAUUUGCCCUUAAAUAGAAACACUUUAUUUUUAUUAAGUGACAUUAAAGGCUGAGACAGGACACAUUACAGGGCAGCCUAACUACUGGUUGUCACUUCGGCUCUUAGCUCUUCAAAUAAUCGGGUGUAAGUGGAGCUGCAAUUACAGUAGGUAGGUGGUUGUCAAAAUGUCUGAAUGCACCUGUUGAUGGCUGUCAAUAUGCCCAUAGUAGAGUGGUGGAACAGUUGGUGGCUAGACAGCUGUUGUUUCCUCAAAACGUCUGACAUGUCAUUAAACUGAAGGGAAGUUAAAUAACGAAGGGAGAGUGAUUUUUCACCCCAUUUGUCAGACAUUAUCUAGACAGACUCAUCAAACCUUUUAUUUGACUGGGCAGGUAAAAAUAGUUUUUAGACAUUUUAUUGAGCUAUUUUUUGUACCAUUUGUGUGGUUUCUACCAACGAAAAGUUAGGCUAUAUUCUCUGACUGUCCUCUGCUCUAAGUAGCAUGAUUGAGAUUGACUGAGUUCAGAUAGCUUAGCCUGACACAUAGUGACUUAAAACUGAUGACAGUUUUUUUCCCAAAAAAUAGUCUGAACUGAAGAAGCCUAACAAAUGAAGGAUCAAAUCUUUAGUAGAACCCGACCAAAACAUCAGCAAGGAUAUUAUCAGCAGAUUGGAGCUCAUCUCAUUCAUGAUAUGAUGUGUAUGUCAGCUGAUAAGUAACAAAAUCUGGAGUACAGAAAAACCAAAGAUGUGUUUGAAGUCAUUUAGAAAUCAGUGUCCCUAUUACAGAGUGCACUGACAAGUUUAUUUUUCAACUGUAAAACGAACUGCUCAGUACACAUUGCACAAUUAAAUUAAAUUAAAGGAUACUUAUCCAAA